AGUAAACGUAAAUAAAUCGCUGCUAUUGCAAACCUAACGACCUAACGCCGAACCACAACGACUACAAUAACGAAAAGAACAAAAAUCUCUGAAAGAAACCAGAAUAGGCCCAGUGAACCACAACAUCUGGUAAACGCCAAACAGCAAUCAUUAAUCACUUAUAAAUCUACAAACAACCACAUGCCAGGCAACAUGCUGACGGACAACAACAGCCGCAGUUGCAACGGUACUUUCGCCUCCUCCGCGCUACCCAUGUCAAGCAUUUCCGCUACCGCUAUGCAAAAUAUUCUCAAGGAGGACGACACUGAUCAAGAAGACGGCGAGGAUGAAGACGAUGACGAAGAUGAAGAUGAGAAUGAAAUAGAAGAUGAUGCCACGGUAAGCUAUUGAAACAACAAUCAACAGAACAAUAUUUGUAUGCAUGAAUAUCGAACAGUGAAUUUAAGACGUCCAAUGCU